UGAGAUGCCACCAUCAUGGCUUGGUCUUGGUCUUGGUGGAUUUAAUCCAAGCCCCCAUGGUCUGGGUUCUCCAGUCCACUGGCACACACAGCAAGUCAUACGGAAACUAUCUACAAAGACAGAAGAAGAGGAAGCACCAGCACCGCCACAUCCUCUCCACCGUGCUCAGCUUCACUUCCGACAUGGUGACAUUUUGGAUUUUCAACAGCUUCUUGUUCUUCCAUCACCGCGGUGACGCUUUGUGGACUUAAGGCCUGGUGAGUCACGGCAUUGAAGUAGCACCAGAGAGGGGCGCUAUGGAGGCUGACGAAGACGAAGACAACAUGGAUUAUAAAACCUUCCAGGCCGACGAGAGGAAGAUGAUCCAGCCGGCGUCCCUGAAAGAUCCCAAACUGGACAAGCUGAAGGAGGCUCUGUUGGACUGGAUCAAUACCACUCUGAAAGCAGAACACAUCGUGGUCCAAAGUCUGGAGGAGGAUCUCUAUGACGGCCUGGUCCUUCAUCAUCUGCUGGCCAGGCUGACCGGUGUGCGCUUGUCCUUGGAAGAGAUCGCUUUGACCGCCUCGGCUCAGAUCCGCAAGCUGGAAGCGGUCCUGGAGGAGUUGGACCAGAGACUGGGCCAGCAGGAGACCAAAUGGGACGUCAGCCUUAUACACAAAAAAGACCUUCUGGCUACGCUUCACCUGCUGGUCGCCAUGGUGAGACGUUUCCAGCCUGAAGUGGAGCUGCCCGCUGAUGUGAAGGUUCAAGUUGCGGUCGUAGAAGUGAGCAGGAGAGGAAUCAGAUCAGACGUUCAAACAGACGUUCUAACUGAAGACAGUGGCGCCAACUCAGAAGCCCUCAGCGCCACUGAAAGAGAUGAUCCCAUGGAGCAUCUGCUGAGGCUGGAGGCUCAAGAGGUCACAGCGGUGAAGCAGGCCAUCCUUCACUUUGUAAACAAGAACAUGGCCAGCGUGGGACUGCGGGUGUCGGAUUUGGAUAAACAGUUUUCUGAUGGUGUCAUUCUGCUGCUGCUGAUUGGACAACUGGAAGGUUUCUUCAUUCCCCUCGCUGACUUCAGUCUGACCCCAGUCAGCCAUGAAGAGAUGCUGCACAAUGUGAGCUUGGCCUUGAGCCUCCUGAGAGAUUUGGACGUACGGGUGUCCACGGUUGAAGCGCACGAUGUGGUCUCUCAGGACGUGGCCGCCACCUUGAAGGUCCUCUACGCUCUCUUCAGGAAGUACGGGGGCGCCUAAAGACAGCCGGACGUGGAAGAAGGACGAGGAUCGGGCCAUGUGUGGUUGGAGCUGGAACUAAAGGAUGUAGUUCCACUCCACUCCUAGAGGUGGCAGUAAUGUCCAUGUGUUCACAAAAAUAAUUGGGAUCAAAAUAUUUGAAAAAAUAGAAGCUAUCUUCUUGUUUUUGUUCUUCUUGCUUUCAUACAUCAUAAAUGUAAUUUAAAAUUGUAAAAAAAAUGUUGUUUUUACAAAUUGUUGUUUGUAAAAUUGUAAAAAUUAAAAUUGUAGAAAUUAAAAUUGUAGAAAUUAAAAUUGUAGAAAUUAAAAUUAAAAUUAAAAUUAAAAUUAAAAUUAAAAUUAAAAUUAAAAUUAAAAUUAAAAUUAAAAUUAAAAUUAAAAUUAAAAUUAAAAUUAAAAUUAAGACAUUCCCAGUAGUUUUUGUUUUGUAUUUUCAUACAUCAUAUAUUUAAUUACAGAUUUUUCACAAUUACAGAAAUAAAUUACUUGUGUCUUCACUAAUAUAUACUUUUAAUCUUUAAUUUACCAUAUUUUUUUCACACCCCAAUUAGCGAGUUUAUUCUAUCUGUGACAGAAUUAUUACAGAAAAUAUGGGGAAAAUUAAAUUUUUGGGUGGAUUUUUCACAAUUGCAGAUUUUUUAAUUUUUUUUCAAUGUUUUAAAUAUUGCCCCAAUUAAAACAUAUUUGCUCAUUAUAUUUAACUAUUACAGAUUAUAGUUUUUAAAUGCUCUUAAAUAUUUUUUGCAGUUACAUAUUUAUUAAACAUAUGGGAGAAAAUGAAAUAUAUAUGCAUCUUUUUUGUUGAUUGUGUUGUGUUGAAAAAAGGCCAAAUUGCUACCUCAAUAAAAAAUAUUGCCUUAGACUGGCCACAAUAAAAGGCCCCUCUGAAAUGUGCAGAUGCAAAGGGUGUGAGAAAUGUAACAAAAAUGUAAAAAAUCCCUAUGAGGCUUUGGUUUAGCGCGCUAGCAGGAAUGCUAAUGCUAAUUUGCACAUUUAUCAUGUUUUUUUGUCCUCCCCCUUUCACAAUCCGUCAUCUCCCUUUUGCUUGCUGCUGCGUGAACGAUGACAUUUGCUCUUUUCUUCCUAUUCUACCGCCUGCCUCCUUUGUCCUGCUUCGGUGAAUGCAAAUGUCAUUUCAAGCCCCAAAAUGAAAUAAAAAAUG